AAUUUUCUUUAGGUAACCUUAGACUCUAGAGCCCUGAGAGAAUCGUGGAACUUUAGGAGUUUAAGACUUACAAGUUUGAGUCUCCCAUUGUUAGCCUCAAUUUUUAAUUCGACAACAACUUCGGCCGCCUACGUUCCCCUAAUUGGGCCUGGUCAAGUUUCGCCUCCUAGAUUUUGCGCUACGUUUGUAGAACCUUUUUUAUUCGUUGAUAGGUUUUCGUUUCGUACAUCUGUUCGUUAUUUGUCAUUCGUCAUUCGCCAUUUGUUCCGUUUACGAUAGAGCGUCAUCUAUUCCCAUCCGUCCUUCUCCGUGCUCGCUCGAUCUAGAUCACCUAAGCCCAGGUCGAAUCAGCAACCAAUACCGUACACGCAGUCGCGACUAUCGCUACCCGUCCCUCCGUAUCCGUCCUCCCGAGUACGGUCUCGCUCGGCCAUGCCCAGCGCAACCUCUUCCGGCUUCGACGCCUCGGGCGGGUCGAGCCGAUCGCGAGAUCAUAACCAAGGAAACCAGGAACGCAAGUGUACCCCUGAGCAGAAAGCCGCGGUCCUGCGAAUCCGGCGGUGCAAGGCGACCGCCUUCUACGACAUCUUAGAACUCGAAGCCGUACGGAAGACGUGCAGCGAUGCCGAUAUCAAGAAGGCUUACCGCAAGCAAUCCCUCCUCACGCACCCGGACAAGAACGGCCACGAACAUGCGGACGAGGCUUUCAAGAUGGUCAGCCGUGCCUUCGGCGUGCUAGGCGACAAGGAGAAGCGCGAAAAGUACGACCGCUUCGGUACCGAUCCGGAUAGCAGGUUUGAGAGCGCGAGGGCCCAGGCUGGCAAUCCAUUCAAUAAUUUUGGUGGUAUGAGACCCGGUAGGGGGGCGGGGGCAGGAUCCGGCGGGGGAGGCAUGUGGGAGGACGAUAUCAGCCCGGAGGAAAUGUUCGAGAGAUUCUUUAGUGGUGCUUUUGGUGGUCCUUUCGGGGGGUUCGAUACGGGACCGCAGUUCGUAUUUAACAUCGGCGGAAACAGGGGCUUCCGCGUACACCAGAUGGGAGGAGCAAAUCCGCGCAGGAGACCUCGGGAAGCCGAAGGUCAGCAGCGGCCUCAUACAGGCUGGGACACGCUCAUCAGCCUGUUGCCGAUCCUAUUCCUCUUCGUGUUCCCGCUGCUGUCAUCUAUAUUUUCGGGCGGCGAAACGCAGCCGGCAGUACCCUCGAUGGUUUUCGACGCGGCCGCGCCGCCCCUAACUUACCACCGAACCACCCCCAAACUUGGCGUCGAUUACUACGUUAAUCCAGCUCAGGUUGUCGACUGGAACGACUACCAAUUUCGUCAGUUAGAUAAAGAGGCCGAGGUCGGUUUCGUGCGCGUCCUCCGCCGCCGCUGCGACACUGAGAUGCGCACCAAACGCGACCUGAUCGAUAAGGCGCAAGGGUGGUUUUUCCCGGAUCCAGACAAGAUGAAGAUUGCGGACCAGUUCGAGAUGACAUCAUGUAAGCGUAUGGAUGCCCUGGGUAUCUCGCGGUAGCACACCUCUGCAAUUUGACAGUAUAAUUUUCGAGCGACUCGAGUAUGCGAGACCUGUAGUCUAAAGACGUAGGCGAAUCCGUGAGAGAUUUAGUCGAUAUGACUACUUUGACGUUAAUGAAAGGGAGCUACGCGUCGAUCAGGCCAGCGGGAUUUUGACAGAUGCGCCAGGCGUUCAGGGGGAGAGAUUGGGAAUCAAUAGGGUAGCAUAUCCUCUGCCAAGUCUAGUAGGUAGUGCGCGGCGGACGUGGGAGUUCUCAUAUUCGUGUUACAUCCUUCAUGCGAUCAUAUAGACAGAUGGGCAUUCCUACGUGUGCCGCGUUUUGGGCCGGGUGUGUAUUUCGUCUUGUGUAGACCGUGUUAUUACUGACUUACCUACCUUGCAGCCGUGCUUGGGACGAAUCUCGAAGGCACAUUUGCCCUUAAGGUCACUGGAUUCUCGUAGUUAGCUCCUAUCAGAAGCAUAAUGCACUUAGACAUCUUUUCUCUCGUACAUUAGACGCGCAGUGAGACGGCAUGGGCAGAAAGUAGUCGCCACAUUUAAUACUGAUAACAUAACACGCACAUUAUUCCA